AGAAGAAACCACUAGGACAGUGGAGGGUGGAGGAAAAAAAAAAGCGGAGCAACUACUCCUGUUUACAACCACAUAAUGGAGUCCAAAUGGCCAAAUACGAUUCGCAGGCGUAUAUUAUUUACUGGAUUUACGCUUUGUGUUGUUUUGGUCACAAGACCCACGUCUGCGAUCGAGAUACACGCUGAUCCUGAGGUGAUAGUACAGAAUGGUACCACGGGGAUUCUUCGAUGCACCUUUAAGUCCAGCGAAGUGGUCAGCUCGGUCACCACGGUGACCUGGUACUUUCAGUCGAGUCAUCCCGACAGUCAGUUCUACAAAUCUCCAUACGUGAUUUUCUACUUUACAGGUGGGAGAGGAUUCCCAGGGCCAGAGGAGUUUAAAGACCGCGUGCAGUUUAUCGGGGACAUCAACAAGAGGGACGUCUCGAUACAGCUAAGCCCGACUUAUUUCAGCGACAACGGCACGUUUUUCUGUGACGUGAAGAACCCCCCAGAUGUGAAGGGGACGCAGGCUCGAACCGAGCUCAGGGUCGUGCUGAAAGAGUCGUAUUCGCAGAACAACACUACGUUUAUAGUUGCAGGAGUUUGUGGUGCUUUAUUGGUGCUUGUGCUCAUUGCUGUGGCGGCCUGCAUUGUCAUGAGGGUGCUUCACAACCGCCAUGAUUACGAAGGCUGUACGUCCUUGGAAAGCGUGAACUCUCAGGCUCCGCAGCCUCGAAAGAAGGUGGAGUCCAGAGUGGAGGGCUCCAGAUCUACCAGUCCCUCGGGUCCGCUACAGGGCCCGGUGAUAUACGCCCAGUUGGAUCACUCAGGCAGCAAAAACUCCUUCCAUAAGAUGGAGCCCGUGGUCUAUGCUGACAUUCGUAAAAACUGAAGAGGAACCGGGGACCAAAUAAAGAAAAAAAAGUAAACAAAAAUCCAGUAAAAUAUGAGACCUCUCUAUCAGCUGCUCUUGGGAAGGGUGGGGAUAUCUCAACAGGGACACAAGUGGUGCAGUCUCUCUCUCUCUCUCUCUCUAUUUCUCUCUCUCUCUUUAAAAUUUUGUCCUCUGAAAGCAUGAUGAUAUUAUAUGAUAAAGUAAUGUCUCCAUGUGCUUUGUUGUAAAAACAAAAGAAAAAAAAAAGCUAUGAAAACACUCCAAGUCGAUGUUCCACCACUCCGUUACAUCAAAACUAUUCUCCCAAAAAAAAACAGGGGCACACAUAAAAUCGAGAAAGCUUUCGGUUAUCAUUCCAAAUAUUAUUUGUUUGUUUUUGUUUUUGUUCUUGUAGCUUUGUGCCCCCUGUGCCACAUUAAAGGUUUAGCAGGCUGUUGCACCAACUCAACAGUCCUACUUAGGAUGCUCACACCUGAACCGAGUGAGCCCCGUUUAAUAAAACGAAGCAAAACAAAAGACCAUUGGUGCGUUAAACUGUUUCUUCCAGAGAGAAGACGACGUUAUAAAGCAGAUAUUUGAACGAUACUCUCACUGUUUGUCUUACAUCGCCUUCUCAUUCAUUGAUCACUUCUGCCGAAACUUUGGUGCUUUUUAUUGGCCGGUGAGACUGGUCAGAAACUGUACAAACAGCAACAUCAGUAAAGAUCAAAGAAAUCCUACCAACGUCAAAACCUCAAGUUACAUCUUUUUGUUAGAAACGGCGGACUGUAGUCGUCACAAAGCACCUGUGCUCUCGUCUUAACCAAACUGUGCCGCAUUUAGGUCAAUGUAAAGAGAUGUAGUGUGGUCCAAAUGUGUGCUCACAGUGUUAAAAGUCCCAUUAAUGAGCUGGGCAGACGCUCCACCGUUUUGUCCUCCUUUGUUUACGGGCUUCUGAUCUGACUGUGGGCAUCUCUGUCAUCCUGAAAACCCGACUGGUUCAUCAACAGGUCAGAGUUCAGACUGCGCAAGUUUUUCCUGUUCUGAUGGGUCACUGUGUCACAUUACAUGAUUAUAGAGUCAUAAAAUCUUUCUACACCUGAGACGAUGAUGGCACUGAGAAGGAGGUGCUAGUAAUUUCCAGGAAAAAAAAAAAAAAUGUAAACACGUGGAGUCAACUGAAGUGGUGUGUAUGACACACUAUGACUCACUCAAUCAGAUAAAAUUUGUAACUUCUGUUCACAGAGAACAGCUUUGCAGUGCUUUUGGGCAAAUUUCAUACUUUUUUUUUUAACUCCCAUCUAAACGAGGAAAGAACCCCUGCAUUCAUUUCAGUGAUCACUGGAAUAUAAAAAAAAUUUAUAGAAUUAAAGCACAAAAAAAAAAAAAUUGCUUCUUUACAAAAUGUGAAACUUCAAGCUGCUCAGUCCUGAGAGCUGACACGAUGAUCAUCCUACGAGAACAAUAAAGAAAGUACAUGUUCAAAAGGGAAAAAGGUACAUUUACCAAUAUUGUUUCUAUGAUAAAGAGUAAAUAUGUCUGUAGUUUUUGUCGGUUAUGCCACACUGCAUGAGAUAAAAUGACCAAAGUUUGUGCACUGUGUCAUCUCCGAUUAGAAAGUAAUCAAGGGAAAUAUGUGUUGUCUGAACUCAACCUUAGUCAAAUUAAAAAGGAAAAAAACUACUUUGAGUAAAAGGAUUAAAUCUUUAACAUCAGGAGAAUAACUUCUGACUGAAACGGUAACAUUUUUUUCUCCCGGUGGAAGUUUAGACGUCCUGUACCGUGAGUGAGCGGUGACCCUUAAAGCGGGCUCGACCUGUACUGUAACUUCUGUCUGUCUGCCUUCAUAUCUCAUCACCUUCGCUAACAGCUGGUGCAACAGUCUGCCGAAGCCACGGCUCCCUCUCCAUCGUUGGGCACUUCCAUAGUGAUGUUGUUCUGUAGAGGCGUGUGAUGUAGAUUUUUUUUGGUUUUGUUUUGUUGUUUGUUUGUUUGUUUGUUUGUUUUUUUACACCGCCUUCGGUAACUUUGCAUGCAGAUAUAAUGACAUCUAAAGAAUAACUUUGGUACUGCUCGGCUGGUUUAUUUAAUUUUUAAGAGCAGAAGCAGCUGUCUGACGUUGGUGUUACUGUGAAUGCUUCAAUUCUCUGUAAACUCCCAGCAUGUCGUUGUGGUACCGGUAAAGACGCCGCGUUUAGAUUUUCACCUCAGUGGAACAUUCCGUACGUUUGAGUUUCAGUUGUUGUCACUUUUUUAUUU